UAGUCAGUGGUGGGGUAAGGACUGUGUUGCAUUAAUGUUGAGAAUGUUAUUAUCUCGUCAACUUCUUGGAUCUGGCACAACGACGGGACGCUGAAAGGAGGAGAGAGGAAGAGAGAGUAUCAAGCUAUUUUAGACAUACGAAGUUUGACAUUAGUAAGUGUAUUGAACUUGGAGUCUAUCAUAACAACAGCAGCAGUAGCAAUAGCUUCCUACUUAUUUUUAAGUGGUGAUACACACAAAGAUGGAAAGUGAGCCACUCCCUGAGACACGUGAGGUGCUCUGCCAACACCUGCGUGCUAAGGUUCGGUACCUCCAUCCAGCCCUUGUUGACCAAAUAAUGGAUGCACUGACCACUGACAGAUCUAACAAGGAGAUAAUUGAGCUGUUAACAUCUGACACUCUUUUAGAAGACAGCUUGGAGAAAGUUAUUCUCUCAUUCACUGAGCAAACCCCUGAAGUUCGGGAGUCCCUUGGAGUGGCUCUCUUUCAGGCCGUGUCUCAGCUGGAGCAGGAACUUUGUGCUCAGGUGACAGGCAUGCUGCUGGAGCUGCCCGUCUCCUCAGUGACAGAGCUUCUAAGUGACCGGAACCUUUUGAUUGAGGCAGUGAAGAAAUCCAGAGAAGAGUACCUCAACUUCAUCCAGGGAGAAGGAGGAUCUACUACAACCCUAAGCAGAGAGAAGGAGGAAGUGGGAGAAGUAAUCUAUGAAAAACUGGUGGACACAUAUCCUACAGAGGCACCCAAGCUGACUGGAAUGCUGCUACAGAUGGAGUACAAGGAUUUGGUACGAGUCAUUGCCGAGCCAGACUUGUUCAGGAAGAAAGUGGAGCUUGCUCUAAGUGUACUCAGAGCAGGCAGAGACCUUCAACCACCUGUCUGAAACAAGUUUUAUAUACUUGUAGCUGGCACAGUUAACAGUAUCUGAGGACAGUACAGCAUAAAGGACAAGCUACUCCUUUUCAAGAGGAUCUAUAUCAAGAGUGUUGGAAGGUGCUCUAACCUUCCAGGCUGCAGCAUACCCUACUUUCAUGCCUACGGGUGCUAGAGAACUAUUUUGUUUAUGAAAUAACUAGAGCUAGACAAUCGCAGUAAACCCUCAAUAUAACAAACACAUAUUAGGGAAGUGCUGGUGGCUAAAUCUGAAAAUGUGAUAUCUGAAGGUUGUUAAUUCAGAUACAUCUAACAAAUACUGUUGGUUAUUUAUAGGGAUUUUGUUUAGUGAUAUGCAUGUAGGGUGUUGCUUGAUUUAAGGUACAUACUUUGGGAUUUGAUACAGAAGCCCUCUUUUACUGCGUACCUUAGUUAAUGCGUUUUUGGCUUUAUAAGCACCCUCACUUUGUUUCUAACACUCAUACAAUGCACAAAAUUUCCAACUUUAUGUGUACUUCGUGAAAGAAACUUUCAUUUGAGAAAAUGCAUUUGCUGUAAAAUAAUUUUUUCUCUAAAAACUAAGAAAAUAAAUUUUAAAAUUAUAUAUUUUCAAAUUUAUUUUUGAUGUUAAUAAAUUAAACAAUACAUAACAAAGAAACAAUGGGACAGUUUGACGCUGUGUUUGUUUUGGUCUAGUUGUGUUGUUUCAGCUUGCCUGUGUUACGGUUUCUUGUUUCAUGUUUGCUAAGCAUUAUGAUACUUUUGAUCUUUAUAGGUUGGUGAUAUUUUUGUGAAUAUGGUACAGGUAUAGCUUAACAAGAAACAUAAAAUAUUUUUGCUAAAAGAGAAACUAGACAUCAUUGCCAAGGUUGAGGCAGGUGAGAAGCUCCAUGAAGUCCACAGUGCGUAACAUGGUGAAAUGUAAAGAUGCCAUAAAGAACACGGUGCAGGAAUGAUCAAUAUGGGGCCCUUUCGGGAGGUGGGGGUCUCAGUGGUCAGUGAAGGUGGGUCCUGGUGCCAAUCUUCUUUAUAAAAUAGUUCUAUUAUUUAUAAAAGUUAGUGCAUUUUCGAUAAAUGCGCACAUUUUCUUGGCCCCUUUCCCGCACAUUGAGAGGGGACCCCUGUAGUUCAAGUAAUUCUAAUUCCUAAGUCAAAAAUAGUCUUUACACAUAGUUGUGUUUUGCUGUAUUUUGAAAGAAAUUAAGGUACAUUAAGUUCUCCUUAUACAGUAUUUCGUUAUCCAGUAAAUUCACAGUUAUGGUGUUUGGUAAUUACUACCCUUGAUUCUAUUUACGGUAAGAAAAAUUCACAGAUACGGUAUCCGCUCGUGUUUUGUUUACAUUGUAGCGUAGCGCCACCACAACAAUCAGUCUCUUCCUGCGUUUUUUGUGAAUAUUAUGAGUAAGGGCUGAAAUCCUUACUGUCCCUUAGCCUUGGGAGGCACAUCAUCUGAUAGAAUAUGAGGCGAGUGAAAGGUAAAUAAAAAUAUUUUGUUUAUUUCUUUUGUGCAGUACAUUUUUUUUUACAUGACUAUUUUCAUGUCUGUAGGGGUGACUUUCGACGUGCUGGAACACAUCCCCUAUAAUUACAUGUUAUAAUGAGUUCAGUAUACAGUAAUUUCAAUUUGCGGUAAGGUUUUCAGGAACACAUAUGUACCGUAUAAUGAGGACUUACUGUGCUAUAAAUUUUGUGUAGUGCUCUCCCUUGGUGGGCCUAUGACCCCACCCCCUCAUCUCCCUGGUGGGCUAUGAACUUGAAUAUUGCCUCAUGACAUUAACCUCUUCAAUCCUGGCGCCAAUCUGAGCAGGGUGGGGGUUGAGAGAUAUCUGACUCGAGCCAGCUCUCUCUCUCUCUCUCUCUCUCUCUCUCCUGUUGAAAUAAUGAUGAUGGUCCAUCAUCAUUAAUUAUGUAAGGUAUGUAUGUAUGUAAAGAAAUAAACCCAUGCAAAUUUUA